GUCUGUUGAAUGGCAGACAAAGUAACUAAACACGGGCUUCGCCAUGUUUAGACAGAUAUUCAGGGCUCGCCGUCUGCCGCCCUCUUCGCCUUUUCGGCGACAGUUCUCAACGAAGGCGAUCUAUUCGUCGUUUCCUGCCACACUGCACUACUAUAGCCCCCAACGAAGCUCGAGUCUGUAUGAACGCAAAGAGAGCGGCAGCCCGCCCGAAGAUAUAUUUGAUGAAGGUGUCACUCUGAAGCACGGCCUAGUAUACCCAGCCGUCGACAAAUCCGUUUCCAAUGGCGCGGUCAUGUUUCCCAAUACCUUCCUGAUGCAGGAGAUUGUACGCAUGUACUUUGAUGAGACGCUUGAUCGCGAGGACGAAGGCAAAAAUGUUGAAACACCCUUCAUCUACACUAUCCCUCGGGGCACACCGGUCCCUAGCCAUCUCAUUCUCAUCAACGAGUAUCUUUGCAGAUUUUCCCUCCAGCCGUCACGCGGCAUACCGCUUGAAUAUUUAAAUCGAUCAUUGGACGAGUUUUAUCUCAAACAUGGCUCUAAGGAAACUGCAGAGUCCUGGCUAGACAGACACCCUUUCCAAGAGGCUGUGCCAGACGAGGCUGACGAUGUGUGGAUGGCUAAAUGAGCGUGAAUCCCGAGCCCGGAGCCGGUAGCCCAGGGCCCGCAUAGCCUAGGAGUGAGUGCCGCCUAGCGCCGAGAGCGCAACUGGAUGGGAGACAUGUUAUGUUUGAAAGAAAGAGCCUCACAAACGGACUAUUUGGAGGGCGUAUCUCCGUUGUCUUGUAGUUCCACUCAAUGUUCCGUGGCCGUAUCUACUUCUGUCCAACUUGGACCG